AUGGUGCGAGCCACAGCCUCAGCUGCCACCCUGGCAAAUGUGUCAUCUUCAAUUUCGUCACCAUUCGCUUCUUCCUCUCCAUCCUCUCAAAUGACUGGACAAAUUAUUGGAUCGCCUAUAUCUGGCCUCUCUGUGCCACCCGAGCGAGAACUAUAUGCCGUCAACUUUCAACUACUUUCUGGUAAGUAUUGUAUAACGUAUUAUUAUAUCCUACCUUCGUGA